CAGCUGGUCCGCCUUCGAAAACUCAUUGGAAGGCUGACUCUGAAGCAAAAAAAUGCUCAAUGACUUAUUGUAGCCGCGUUUUUAACCUAUUUGAGAGGCGACACCAUUGUAGAAGAUGCGGUGACAUAUUUUGUGGUGUUCAUUGUUCACAUUACAUUCGCCUCGACCAAGAUAACAAGUUUAAUUUGUCCGGCUUCGCUUCAAGAGUCUGCGAUAGGUGUUACGAUGAUUAUAUUCGUCUAAGAUAUAAACACCCUGAACCUUUCGUAUUGAGAUAUUUAAGGGAGCAAGAAGAAGAAGACUCAAGGGAAUAUCAGGACAGCGGCUAUAAUACCAUGUCCGAUAAUAGCUACGGCACUGAUAAAUCUAGUAAUACAAGAUAUCCCAAUAAUGAUAAUGAAAUUUUGAGAGAAAGUUAG